CCCUCCAGAGCUGUUCCUGCGAAACGCAAGGCGAAAGGAGAGGAAGUGACGGAAGUAGAGGAGAAAGAGAAUAUUCAGAUGAGCGAAGGGGAAGAGGGAGACGAGAGCGGGUCACAGCCCGAAGCGUCAGGCUCGGACAGUGAGGGUGAGGGAACGGAGGAGGAGAUUGAUAGGGCAAAAGCAGCGAAGAGUAAGAAAACGAAGAAGCGGAAGUUGCGAGCAACAUCUCCGUCAACAUUUGGUGUCGCCCUGUCAUCGUUGCUUGAGGCACCUGCUCCGACAGGAAGUGCGGACCUUCUCACUCUAAAGCCUUCAGUGAAACAUGCCAUGAAGGAAGAAAAACUAGAGAAACGUGCAAGAGAGAUUCUCAAAGGGCAGAGAAAAGAAAAGGAAGCAAUUGGGCAUGUCACGGACGUCAUCGGCGGCUGGGGGAACGAAGGCGAGCGUGCGCUCAGAAAGGUCGCCCAGCGGGGUGUUGUCAAGCUGUUCAAUGCUAUCCAGGCGAGCCAAAAUCUCUCAGCUGCUCAACAAGAGGCGAAAGAGGCACAAAAAGGUAGCGGCCAGCCUAGGUUGCCUGCACCAAGUGUGGAUGGAUUUGUCAAUCAGGGCAAGAAGAAGAAGCAGGGCGCCGAUAAUAUUGUUGGGAGGGCCAAGGAAGUUGAUUUGUCAAAGGAAGGCUUCUUGGCUAUGAUUAGAGGAGAUGCGUGAAGGCUCAAUACUGUAUCC